UGCCACUUUAUUCUGAACCCUCUUCGUGCUAACUCAGAACCUGCUACUUUCCGCCGCCAUGGCGUCCGUCCAAGCCGUCAUUUCUGCUCUCGAUGUUUUUACCCGUGCGCCAGACAAGGCUGCGCUAGAUCAGGCCAGCAACUGGCUCCAGGACUUCCAGCAUUCUCGUGAUGCAUGGGCGACCUGCAACGUUCUCCUUUUAACCCCCGAUGCCCCCGCUGCGGCGAAGCUCUUUGCUGCUCAGACGUUCAGGACGAAAGUGACGUACGACCUUCAUGAGAUGAACGUAGCGGACAUCAUUCGUGUCCGCGACACGCUCUUGACUGCGCUGCAGACCUACCAUGCUGGUCCGCGAUCGAUCUUGACGCAGCUCUGUCUCGCUCUCUCGGGGCUUGCCUUACAAUUGCCGUCAUGGGAAGACCCCAUGCAGGAUAUGAUCGAUUCAUUUGGAAGGAACCCAGCGACAGUCCCUGCAUUUCUGCAAUUCCUGACCGUGCUUCCAGAGGAGCUUUGCACCAACACCAAAAUCCCUGUCACCGAUGAUGAGUACAAGGAGCGAGCACGCAAAUUGAUGACGGCGAACGCACGGAAGGUGUUGGAUUUGCUCUCGAUGUAUCUCACGGCAGCUGGUGUGACAAUCGCCAUUCAGACCCAGGUGUUUAGUUGCUUGAGCAGCUGGCUGGCCGCGGGGGAAAUCAGUGCUUUGUCGCUGGCCGAGACACCGCUUUUGCGGUUCGCCUUCGAGGCGUUGGCCUCGGAUGAUCUUUUUGAACCCGCUGUUAGCGUAAUCUGUGAUGUCAUCCACGAAACGCAAGAGAUCGAGGACAACAUGCCCGUGAUCGAGCAACUCGUCCCAAGGAUUAUCGCCCUCAGGCGUAAGCUCACAGAGUUCAAAGAGGACUCAGAAAGGAUCCGUGGAUACGCUCGCAUUUUCGCGGAAGCUGGGGAGACAUAUCGUGCUCUCCUGCUGCACCAUCCUGAGACGUUCUUUCCCAUCGUGGAGGCCAUUGGCGAGUGCUCCGCGUAUCCCGACCUGGAUAUUGUUCCGAUCACAUUCCACUUCUGGAUGCGGCUCGCACAGGCCAUCGGAAAGAAGCCUUCGGUCCCCGCGCCCUUCCUCGAUGCAUAUAAGGCGCUACUGCGAGUCAUCAUCCUGCACCUGCACUUCCCUGAGGACCUCAACCCGCUAACAGGUCAGGAAGCGGAAGACUUCCGCUCCUUCCGCCAUGUCAUGGGCGACACGCUCAAAGACUGCUGCUACGUCCUAGGGGCCGAUUGGUGCUUGCUCGCGACGUACGAAAUGAUCACAGCUGCGUUGGCACGGCCGAACGUCUCCUGGCAGGAGAUCGAAGCACCGCUGUUCUCUAUGCGCUCCAUGGGCGCUGAGGUAGACCCCACGGAUGAUAAGGCGGUGCCGAAGAUCAUGGACUUAAUCCCGUUGCUCCCGACGCAUCCCCGCGUGCGCUAUGCUGCGCUGCUCAUCAUCUCUCGGUACACGGAAUGGAUCAACAGGCAUCCUGAUUACAUCCCGUAUCAGCUGCAGUAUAUCUCGGCAGGGUUCGAGGAUAACGAUUCAGAAGUGAAUGCCGCUGCGGGCCAGGCGUUGAAAUAUCUAUGUCAAGACUGUAGACGGCAUCUGGUUGACUUCUUGCCACAAUUGCAUACAUUCCUCGGCACGAUGGGUUCGAAGCUCGCACAGGAUGACAAGAUUCAGGUUUACGAGGCCGUCGCAUAUGUUAUCUCCGCGAUGCCGAUGGAACAAGCAGCACAAUCGCUACGCACGUUCUCGCUGGAUAUCUUAGCUCAAGUCCAUACGAUUGCCAUAAAGCCAACACCGGCGACCAAGGAGGAGUUAAAGGCCGUAGCCAAUGGUCUCGAGAAUCUCGAGGUCAUGCUGGGUGUCAUCGACACGUUCGGCGACGAAUUGCCAGAGGCAUGCCGCAACAGUGCCCAAGAAGCGUGGGCAUUCUUCGAUCCCUUCAUCGCGAAAUGCGGAUCGGAGUACGAGAUUUGCGAGCGCACCACGCGCGUGCUACGGCUCGGGCUGAACUUUUUUGGAACCACUGUCCGACCCGUGCUCCCAUCCGUGCUUGCGAGGAUGUCGGCAACGUUUGAGCGGACGGGCUUCUCCAGCUACCUGUGGAUCUUUGGCAAAAUUAUUGGUCGCUUCGGAAACGAAGAGGAUCCUACAUUGCGUAUGGCAUUCAAGGAGGCUUUCGAAAGAACGUCAGAAAAGCUCGUCUUGAUCCUGCAGGAGAAGUCUCCUGCUGUCGUGCCUGAUUUGAUGGAAGACUACUUGCAGAUGCUACUGCAGAUGUUCGAUUAUACACCGGACAUUCUCUUCACAUCGCCGGCUUUCCCGAUCGCACUCCGCGUCGCGAUCGGUGCGCUUACCGUUGUGCAUUCUGAUAUUAUUUUUGCAGCGUUGGAGUUCCUCCGCAACGUGCUCACGCAUGAAUGCCUGUUGCCGACCGCCGUCGGUACUGUCCAGCCACCCAAGUUCCCGGUUUAUGCUGCAGCCAUCCGGCCAGCAGUCCAACGGGAAGGCCCACAGCUGACAGGAUAUUUACUGGCUGGCGUUGUGGGAGACUUCCCUGAAGAGUCUGUGCCGAUCGUGGUCACGAUUUUCCGGUCACUGACAGCACUAUCGCCGACGGAGUUGAUUUCGUGGUUGCCGGCGGUGGUGCAACAGAUCUCGUCGAGCUCGGCUCCUGAGCAGAGCAAGACGCAAUUCAUAGCAGACAUAAGCAGUGCAAUACAGUCAGCGGAGUACGAUAAAGUGAAGCGUGCGAUCCUCGCGCUGCAUCGGGCAUCCUGCAAAGCCCGCGACCGGCGGCGAGCGGUGGCUUUGGGGGGUGAUUAGAAGGGUGGAAGGGAAGAGAAUGGGCGUAGUCGUUCAAUCUGUAUUGUUAUGCGCAAGGUUGUAU